AUGUUUCUUAACAGUGACUACGAUCCUAUCUUGUGUAGGUCCUUUUCAACCUUUUUGGAUGGAGCUGCAUUAUUAUGGUUCUCUAAUCUCCCUGCAGGUACAAUAUCAAAUUUUGAUGAGUUCGCCAAAUUCUUCAUCAACCACUUUGCAGCUUCCAAAAUCUAUGUACAAGAUUCUGACUAUCUUAGCACAAUCAAACAAGGACAACACGAGAACUUAAAAGAUUACAUGAUGCGGUUUACAACAGCAGCAAUGGAGAUCUCGGACCUCAAUCCAGAGGUGCAAUUGCAUGUAAUCAAAUGCGGCCUUCGACCUGGAAAAUUCCAAGAAGCAAUAGCCGUAGCAAAACCAAAAACAUUGGAGGAGUUUAGGAAAAAAGCAACCGGACAUAUUGAAGUAGAGAAGCUCCGUGAAGCUUGGAGGAGCGAAAGACCUCGAAAAGAAGACGAAAAACUUAACUGA